CAGAGCUGUUGCUCUGUGCAACCCUCGAAAGGAUGUCUCCUAGCCUUCAAGAAGGUGCACGGCUUGCAGAAAACAAACCCUCGCCCUGUUCUUUUUCCAUUGAGAGGAUCUUAGGAUUGGACCAGAAGAAAGACUGUGUCCCAUCAGUGAAACCCCACAGACCCUGGACUGACACCUGCAGCUCUUCAGGGAAAGAUGUUAACCUGUGUCUACAUGUCCCGAGCCUUCCUAAUGGAAUCUCAUUCAUGUAUACUGUGGAUUACCCAGUGACAGAAGAGAGAGCUUUGAAAAACGAAAAUUACUUUUCAGCUUCAGAAACACAGUCUUUGAAAAGAGAGUUGAGUUGGUAUAGAGGCCGAAGACCAAGAACUUCUUUCACUCAAAAUCAGAUUGAAGUGUUAGAAAAUGUCUUCAGAAUAAACUGCUAUCCUGGCAUUGACAUCAGAGAGGACUUAGCUCGAAAACUGAAUCUUGAGGAAGACAGAAUCCAGAUCUGGUUCCAAAAUCGGCGUGCAAAGCUAAAAAGGUCCCAUAGAGAAUCACAGUUUUUAAUGGCGAAAAAAAAUUUCAACACAAGCCUCCUGGAAUAGGUAGAAAAUUAAGCAUAUGGAAUUAUCUUCUAGUUGCCAAACAUAGAAUUAAUGGA